AUGAACAAAAACGGAACAGCUAAAAUGAAUGAUAAUCAAAUUAGAGCAGAAGGUAGAAGGUUAUUUAAACGCUUCUAUAACAUUCCUGAUGGUGCUAAUCCUAAAACUCGUAGAAGCUAUUUAAAUGAAGCAAUAGAUGCAUAUGAAGGGUUUGACAUUUCAUCAGAAAGUGAGAGAUUAGCGAGAAUGUUAAAUGUUAAUAUUGAUUUCUAUUAUUGUGAUCCUCAACCAGAAGACGUGGACAUAAAUAAGGUAGACUUUCCAUUAGUGGAAUCAAUAAUGAUAGAUCCAGAAUUUGAAACAGUAAAUAUUUUAUUAACACAGAGUCCAUGUGGAAAACUUCACGCUGACAGAAUUACAGACGUUGAAGCACUCACCGGCUAUAGAGUUUGUCCAUAUUGUAAAGAAGAAGUUUAUUCUAUCCGUGAUGAUCCAGAAAGGAAAAACCAAAGAAGAUUUUUAAAGCAUUGUGAGAAAUGUAAAGAAAAUAAUGGAAGAUUAAUUCAAGACGUUCAAUUGCAAAAGACACAGCAACCAUAUGCGCCACAUAUUACGAAACAGAAGAUAUAUCAGUGGUUAUUAGCUCAUAAUUUGCAGGAAUAUUAUCAACCGACAAGAUAUUAUAUUACUUUUGACUUCGAAACAUUAGAGACUAAAGAAGAAUUACAACUUUCUGAGUGUGCAACUUUGAACGCUUACUUAAAACCAUUCAUGGUAUCAUCAACGGUUAAAUUAAACGAUAAAACAUAUACGAGGAAUUUUUGCUUAACUUCGAGUGAUUCUUUUAUUUCUGAUUGGAUUGAGUUUUUAUUUUCAACCUGUUCAUUAGUUGUUGAAUCAAAUAUGGGUCAAUACAAUGAAUUAUUGAA